GGGGAAAGGGGGCGGGGGGGGGGGGGGGCGGCGAUGCACCGCGCCGCGCCCCGCCCGGCCCCCCCGCCGCUCCGCCGCCCCGCCGCCGCCACCGCCACCGCCACCGCCCGGGCGCCGCCCGCCCCCCGCCGCCGCUGAGCCUGGCCCGCCGCCGCGGCCUCCCCCGGCGGAGCCGCCCGGCCCGGGCUGCCGCAGCGCCGCGAUGGAGACGGCGGAGAAGGAGUGCGGAGCCCUCGGCGGCCUCUUUCAAGCCAUCAUCAACGACAUGAAGAGCUCCUACCCCAUCUGGGAGGAUUUCAACUCGAAGGCCACCAAGCUGCACUCCCAGCUCAGGACCACGGUGCUGGCCGCAGUCGCCUUCCUGGAUGCCUUCCAGAAAGUGGCCGACAUGGCCACCAACACCCGAGGUGCCACGAGGGACAUCGGCUCCGCGCUGACCCGCAUGUGCAUGCGGCACCGCAGCAUCGAGGCCAAGCUCCGGCAGUUCACCAACGCCCUCAUGGAGAGCCUGAUAAACCCUUUGCAGGACAGGAUUGAGGACUGGAAGAAAACUGCCAACCAGCUGGACAAGGACCACGCGAAAGAGUACAAGCGAGCCCGCCACGAGAUCAAGAAAAAAUCCUCCGACACCCUCAAGCUCCAGAAAAAGGCUCGCAAAGGGAAGGGGGACCUGCAGCCCCAGCUGGACAACGCGCUGCAGGACGUCAACGACAUGUACCUGCUGCUGGAGGAGACGGAGAAGCAGGCUGUCCGCAAAGCCCUCAUCGAGGAGCGGGGUCGCUUCUGCACCUUCAUCACCUUCCUGCAGCCCGUGGUGAAUGGGGAGCUCACCAUGCUGGGAGAGAUCACCCACUUGCAGGGCAUCAUCGAGGACCUGGUGGUGCUCACCGCCGAGCCCCACAAGCUGCCCCCCGCCAGCGAGCAGGUGAUCAAGGACCUGAAGGGCUCUGACUACAGCUGGUCCUACCAGACCCCCCCGUCCUCGCCCAGCAGCUCCAGCUCCCGCAAGUCCAGCAUGUGCAGCAGCGUUAGCAGUGCCAAGGGUGGCAUGGCGUGGCCCGGCGGGGCUCAGACCUGCUCACCCAGUUCCACCUAUCGCUACCGCAGCCUGGCGCAGCCCCCCGCCGCCGCCACCCGCCUCUCCAGCGUCUCCUCCCACGACUCCGGCUUCAUCUCCCAGGACGCCGCUUACUCCAAACCGCCUUCUCCCAUGCCCUCCGACAUCACCAGCCAGAAGUCCUCCAGCUCGGCGUCCUCGGAGGCUUCCGAAACCUGCCAGUCAGUUAGCGAGUGCAGCUCCCCCACCUCGGACUGGUCCAAGGCCAGCCCCUACGACCAGCCCGUGGUCCCCACCCUGCAGCGGCGCAAGGACCGCGUGGAGCAUCUGCGGGAAGCCGAGAUGGGCUCGCCCGCCGUCGGGUACCCGGGCAUCGGCGGCGAGGAUGCUCCCAGGCCCCGGAUGUCACCGGCUACGAUUGCCGCCAAGCACGGGGAGGAGGUGUCCCCCGCCGCCAGUGACCUGGCCAUGGUCUUGACCCGGGGGCUGAGCCUGGAGCACCAGAAGAGCAGCCGGGACUCGCUGCAGUACUCCAGCGGCUACAGCACGCAGACCACCACCCCCUCCUGCUCCGAGGACACCAUCCCUUCCCAAGGCUCCGACUACGACUGCUACUCGGUGAACGGCGACGUGGAGUGCGAUCCCCAGAGCGACUUCGACAAAUCCUCCACCAUCCCGCGCAACAGCAACAUCGCCCAGAACUACCGGCGGAUGAUCCAGACCAAGCGUCCCGCCUCCACCGCCGGGCUGCCCACCGGCACCAACCUACCGGCCGGCACCACCCCGGGGGUGGCCACCAUCCGCCGCACGCCCUCCACCAAGCCCUCGGUCCGCCGUACCCUCUCCAACGCCGGCCCCAUCCCCAUCCGACCCCCCAUCGUCCCCGUGAAGACCCCUACGGUGCCCGACUCCCCCGGCUACACCGGCCCCACGCGGGUGGGCAGCGAAGAGUGCGUCUUCUACGCCGACGACGCCUCGCCAAACCCCCUGGAUUUUGCCAAAGCUUCGCCCAAGCGGCUGAGCCUUCCCAACACCGCCUGGGGCGGCAGCGCCAUGGAGAUCUCCGUCUACCCCGGGGCUGGUCAGCACCUCUCCACCGAGGAAGAGGAGGACCAACAGUUGGCCGCCAACCGGCACAGCUUGGUGGAGAAGAUCGGCGAGCUGGUGGCCGGCGCCCACGCCCUGGGGGAAGGGCAGUUCCCCUUCCCCACCGCCCUCGUGGGGUCCGGCCCCGGCGAGGAGACCCCCGUGCCCCCCCCGGCAGCCUCCAUGGACCCCCCGGCCGAAGACAUGCUGGUGGCCAUCCGGCGUGGGGUGCGCCUGCGCAGGACCGUCACCAACGAUAGGUCGGCCCCGCGGAUAUCGUGAUGACGCCCGGGCCAGCGGGGACGCGCCCACCACGGCCGACGGACCCCCGGGGGCACCCGCUGCGCCUCCCCGGGAGCCCCGCCCCCCCGCCGGCACCCCCGCCCUCCCGCGCUGCCCCCCGCUUUCUGCUCCUCUGUGUCCCGUCCCCCCCCCGGGCCCUUGGUACCUCUUCCCUUGCCUCGUCCUCUCUCUGGCUUUUUCGCCUCUUGUUCUCCUGUUCUCCUGUUCUCCUUUUCUUCUCUUUUCUUUUCUCUUACUCUCCUCUUUUUCUUCUUUUCCUUUUCCUUUCCUCUUUUUAUCUCUCUUUUCUUUUUCAUCCCUUUUUCAUCCCUUUUUCUUCUUCCUUUCCUCUUUUUCAUCUCUUCAUCUUUUUUAUCUCUUCUUUUCUUUGUUUCCUCUUUUUCAUGUCUCUUUGUCUCUUUUUCAUCCCUUUUAAUCCCGUCUUUUUCCUCCUUUCCUCCUUUCCCACCUCCUUUCUCUUUUUCACCUUUCCUUUUUUCUGUCUUUCCUUCCUUUCUCUCUUUCCCUUUCUUUCUCUUCCCUUUCCCUUUGCCUUUUUUCCCCUUCUCUCUGUUUUCUCUUUCCUCUCCCCCGCCCCCGGGCGCAGGCGGGUGUCCCCAGCCCUGGCAGGAGGGGACGGGGACGGUGCCAGCGGGGGCCACAGCAGGAGCAGCACCAGGAGGGAGGGGGGGCCCUGUCCCUGUCCCCCCCAGCCGCCAGCUCGGGGGCAGCAGUGGGGCUCAGCCCCAUUUCAGGGGUCAGAAGCAGCGGGGAGGGGUUGGGGGGGGGAUGGCAGGGGUACAGGGACUACAGCCCCCUCCAACUUGGGGGGGGCACCGGGACGCAGCGGCUGAGGAUGCUGAACCUCCUCUUUGCCCCCCCCCUCCCAGGGAUCAUUGGGGACCCCCUUCAGCCCCCCCCCAAAUCCCCUCCUUCUCCCUCAGCACCUGCAGACCCUGCUGGGGGGGGUCUGAGGGAUGGGGGAUCACCCAGAGCCCGCCCCGAGCGAAGCAGCUGAUUUCUGCUGGCGGCUGGAGGAAAGCACAACCCCCCCCCGCUCCCCCCGCUGUACAUAGCCCCCCCCCCCGCUGUCUGUCGCAUCGCAGCCCCCCCCUUUCCCUGCCCUUAGGAAUAACGAUUUAGCCCCCCCACCCCUUCUCCUGCCCAGAACCGCUGAUGCCAAGUGACAAAUGUUUGGGGUUGGGGGGGGGGGUGUCUCUUAUUUUGUACAGAAAACAAAAGUUCCUUGGAAAAGAAAAAAAAAAUUCCGACCUGUCUUUCGACUGAAGUAACUUUUCUGGUGCUGUUGUUAACUUGGUCCUUUUUCUUUUAUUGCUUUUUUUUUUUUUUUUAAUUUAUUUCCCCUCUGUGCUCUCACCUCUGCCGCCGCUUCCCCCCCACCCCCCCAUCCCUCUGCCAGGUUUCUUUCUCUUUCUUUCAUUCCCUCUUUUCUUUUAAAUUUUUUUUUUUUUUUGGUGGUAAUUCCCCUCUUUCCCUCCCUCCCCCCCUUAUUUCCAUAGUCACUGCUACAAGUAACGA